AUGGAGAUGGUAUGGGAUGUGAUUGGAGAUGUAGACUACUGGAUAACUUUGCUGAGUAGGAGGAGAAGCAGAGUUAAUGGAGGCAGAAAGGAUACACAGACAGCAGCAUUAAGGAUCUGCAUCUCAGUAAUUGCUGCCCAGCAUUUAAUUGGACAUAACAUAGAUCCAUAUGUAUGUGUAGAGAUUGGAGAUCAAAAAAGACAGACAAACAAAUGUGAAUCUACAAACUGCCCAUUUUACAAUGAGUAUUUUGUUUUUGAGUUUCAUCUGCCCAGAGAAGUCCUGUUUGACAAGAUUAUCAAACUUUCGGUAUUUCAUUCUAAGAACAUUGUCUCGGGGAAGACGUUAAUUGGUGCAUUCAAGCUUGAUGUAUGGACAGUUUAUUCACAGCCAGAACACACAUUUUUCCAUAAAUGGGCCCCUUUAACUGACCCCAGUGACAUUGCUAGUGGCAUCAAAGGAUAUCUCAAGUGUGACAUCUCAGUGACUGGGAAAGGUGAUAUUAAGAAGUCAACAAUACGUUCAGUACGAGAAUUGCAUAAUGAUGAUAUUGAAGGAAAUUUGAUGAUACCUUCUAGUUACCCUGCUGAACAGAGGUGUGGUAAAAUUACAGUUUGUAUCUACAGAGCUGAAGGACUGUCUAUGGUUGAGAACAAGCUGAUCUCCAAUAUGAAGAAAGUAUUCACCAAGGAUACAAAAGAUCUCAUAAACCCUGCUGUUGUCAUUUCCUACGCUGACCAGAAGAUGAGAAGCAGUGUGAUUAAAAACUGUACAGACCCCAUUUGGAAUGAGAAGAUUGUUUUCACUGAACUAUUUCCAACUCUCUGCCGAAGAAUGAAGAUCCAGAUUAAAGAUUUUGAAAACACCACUGGUGUACCAGUAGGAACUCACUUUAUAGACAUUACCAAGAUCUCGCAUGCAGGAGAAAAAGGUUUUCUUCCUAUGUUUGGCCCAAGUUGGAUCAAUCUUUACGGCUCUUCUAUGGUGGAUGAGGACAAGGAACUUGAUGAAGGAAUUAGACAGGGUACUGCUUACAGAGGUCGUCUACUUAUUUCUGUGGAGCUGAAAGUAUUUGAUAAAGCAAAGCAUGAAAAUCACCAGAUUAAAGUCCGUAUAAAAAAAAUAAGUGCUAAAAAGAAAGAGGUUUUACCAGGAAAUCCAGUUGAAUUUACUCUUUUUGGAGCAUUUUUGGAAGUGUCCAUGAUUGAAAGGAGAUAUAUGGACAAACCAUUGAGAUUCCAUGUUACAAUAGGGGAAACAGUUUUAACGUCUGAUCUGACAAGUGAAGAUGAUACACAAGACGUAGAGCAUGACUCACUCAUAUUGGGAGACAGACUGAAUGAGGUAGCAGAAUUUGCCAGUCAGGUGCCUGGAAAGAAGGAAGACAUAGAAAAAAUGCUAAUUUCAGCUUUAAUGGAACUUCAUCAGAGAUGCCUGUUAUUCAUUACAGAUGUAAUGGAUCAAGAAGAAUCUUGCCAGACAAAGCUUGACAGAAACCGCCACCAAGCUUGCAUUUCAGAACUGGUGGGACAGUUAAAUGUAAGAAUUUCACAAUUGGAGGGUUCAACGAACAAUGCCGGGAGUGACAACUCCAUUGGACAAACCACACCACCGAUUUUGCAAAGAUAUUUUCAUGGACAGACUACUGAGGUAAAUGGCUUUGUUGGUAGCUUGAACAGAAAUAAUGUAUCUAUGAACAUUAACAUUGCUGAAUGGCUAAAAAAGGCACCAGGUCAGAAUAUGGCUAGCCUGGUUGCCAACAGUAGCUCUAUUGGCAAACUUUUAGACCGGUUUGAACAUAAAGUAAUCAAAUAUAGAAAAUUAUUGAUUGAAAAUGAAUAUUUCGGGGAAUGCAUUAGUCUUAAACUAGUUCCCAAUGGAUUGAGGUACUGGAAAUAUCCGAAUGGUUUAACUUGUGAUUCCCCUAUGUAUCGUGAAUUGCUUGAGCUUUUCAACCGACAAGGGUUUGAGCUCAUGGAAACCAUGAUCAAACAUAAUUCCAAGGACUUGGACAAUUUGUUUAAGGAAGUGCUUGAACUUGAAAAGUACAUCAAAGGUGACGGUUCAUUUGCCCAAUGUUGUGACAGCUUUUACAAGAUACUAGAAAAGGCCGGCCGGGUCUCACAGGAGUUGAGGGUCCAGAAGUGUAAAAAGGUGGAAAGAGAUAAGCUUGAUUACAACCAAGGGCAUGCCUAUCCUGCACCUGGUAAUGGCAAUAAUGGGCGGAGUUCUAAAGAUGAGGUUCAACGCAUUUUUCGCAGCAGUGUUGAUAAUGAUCGAGGAAAUCACGCUGUCCCUUUAGAGCAAGCCCCAAUGAGACGUUCAGAGAAAAUAUGCAACAGGAACCCGAACAACAUUGGACAGAGGCAGAAAUGGAGGCAAACAGCGAACAAGUUUGGGAGGAAACAGAGGCAGUAUGAUGUGUAUGAGUCUUCUACUUUGUUAAGAAAAAGAAGCACCUUUAUCCCACCAACACAUCCAACUGUUCAGGUGUUUGAACAACUUUGCAAAAGGGAUUUUAGACAACUAAUUAGAGCCAAUGCAUUGGUUGCACAGGAAGCUGCAGCCCUCUGCGAAGGAAGCCAGCCCUGGAAAACAAAAAUGAAGGCAGCACACCAGCUCCUCCAGCGGAUACAGGCACUCAUUGAAGAGGUGACUACCUCUCUUAAUUCUGUUUUAACUGAUUCCUGGCAGCAUAUUCCCCUAAGAACAAUGCUUCCUGGAAGACUGGGGCCAAAGGACAAGACCAUUCAGGCAAAACUGGAUUGCUAUUUUUGGCUUGGGCUGAAGUCACUGGCACAAAAUGACAAUUUUUUGACUGGUUUACCAAGGGGCUUCACACUGAAAACCACACAGAGCCAAGAUGGAACAGAUGCAAUGUCACUGGUUUAUAAAACAAAACACGAAUAUCAGCUAAGGGCUCACAUAUUUCAGGCCAGGGGAUUGUUAGCUGCUGAUGAUACUGGACUCUCUGACCCAUUUGCCAGAGUUCUUUUCUCCAACUUCAGUCAAUCUACUGAGGUUGUUGAAAAUACUUUAUCACCCACUUGGGAUCAGACACUAGUAUUCCAGAAUGUAACAAUUUAUGGGGAUCCAAACGACACAGAAAAUAAACCUCCUGUAAUUACUGUUGAAAUCUAUGACUAUGACAGAGGGGGUAAGGGAAGGCCUGAGUUCAUUGGACUAACUGGUACUCUUCCAUUAGUCAAACUGUGCAAGAAAAAAUAUCAAGAGCCUUCCUUUCCUCCUUAUUUAGAUUUCUUUACAAUCUAUCGAUGUGGAAUGGCUGCUGGGGAACUUCUAGCUGCUUUUGAGCUACUACAGAGGCUCUAUCCCUUGCCUGUUGGCAUUCGGCCAGUUUUGAGUAAGCAUAGAAUAGAGGUAUUGUUUUGGGGUCUGAGAGACCUGAAGAGACCACAGCUAGUAGCUGCAGUCCGACCCUAUGUAGAGAUAGAAUGUGCUGGAAAAGGAGUACGGUCAGAACUUCUACUGAAUUACCAGAAACAUCCAAAUUUCAACACUAAUCUGAAAAUCUUUGAAGUGGACCUUCCUGAUGAUGAUCGGCUACACCCACCUAUUUCAAUGUAUGUUGUGAACUGUGGUGCUUUUGGAAAUGACUCCCUUCUGGGAUCUCACACUACAAUGCCUCUGUCCAGAUUCUUUCCAAGAUGGCCUGUGGACACUUCGGUACCUGAUGAUACUGUAGUAAGAGUUGAAAUGGAUGGCCAAAGUACUCGAGAAGAAGGGAGUUUGUCAAAUUUGUUUGAUCUAGGAAGAAGGACUUCAGUCAUAGCAGAAGAGUACUAUGGUGGUGAAUCUGACAGCUGCCCCCUUCUUAUCCCAGAGAUCUCAUUCCAUGCUCCUGAACAGAAGGAUCUGAGGCCGCCAUUAAAAGAAAAUUCUGAACUAGACUGGUGGUCAAAGUACUAUGCGUCUGUGGAACAGACAUUAAAGGAGUCUGCUUCAAGGAAACCAUCUGGGGCUGGCAUUAAUAGGGAACCUGAUGCAACAGAGGGCAGUUUUAACAGUGCUAUAUUCAGAAGUCUAGAAGAAAGUUUAAAUAAAACUAGAAGAGAAUUUCAGCAACUCCUUGGUGAUGGAGACUGGAAAUCGAAGAAAACAGAGAAAGCACAUGAUGUUGCGAAGAUUAAGGUGUACAAUUCAACCCUGGAAAGUAAAUUCAGUAACUUUGAGGACUGGCUGUAUACAUUUCCACUGUACCGGGGGAAAGCAGUAUCUUAUGAAGAAAGUGCAGAUGAAGAAAGAACUGUCGGGAAAUUUAAAGGAUCAUUUUGUGUGUAUAAGUGUUCAUUACUAAAACACCCUUUACGAGUCCUCAGAAACAUUCCUUCCAAUGAUAUGGUGAAGGUACUUGUUCGAAUUUAUAUUGUCCAGGCAAUGAAUCUUCACCCAGCAGACCCUGAUGGCAAAGCUGAUCCCUAUAUCUUUAUCAGGCUUGGUGAACAAGAAAUCUCCGACAAUGAAAACUAUGUAAGCAAACAGCUGAAUCCUGUUUUUGGAAAGUGCUAUCAGCUAACAGCCACUUUUCCUCUUGAAUCUGUGCUCACGGUAUCUGUGUAUGACUGGGACCUUCUAAGUACUGAUGAUCUGAUUGGUGAAACUAAAAUUGAUCUGGAGAACAGGUAUUACAGCAGACAUCGAGCAACAUGUGGAUUAGCACUUAAAUACAAUGCGUCAGGCUAUAAUGCUUGGAGAGAUGCAAUAAAACCAACUCAGAUUCUAGCCAAACUUACAAGGGAAAUGAAGAUUCCUCCUCCAGAGUAUUUCCCCAAAAUUCAAAAGGUCAAGGUUGGAAGUGACUGUUAUUUUAACACACCAGAGCAGGCCAACUACUGGAGGCAGCUGACUAGUGCAUUUGACUUUGAUGAAAAGCAGAUUAAUGAGGAACUUGCUUUAGUGGUGUUACAUCAGUGGGAUGACAUCUCAGGAAGUGGCUGCAAACUUGUUCCAGAACAUGUUGAAACUAGACCUCUGUUCAACCAAGAGAAACCAGGAGUCACACAGGGCUACCUUCAAAUGUGGGUUGACAUGUUUCCAACAGAUAUCCACCCCCCUGGUGAUCCUGUUGACAUCUCACCAAGAAAACCAGAAAGAUUUGAAUUGCGGGUUAUUAUUCUGAACACAGAAGAUGUUAUACUGGAUGAUGUCAAUCAGAUAACUGGAAUGCAAUCAUGUGACAUUUAUGUUACAGGCUGUUUACAGGGGCUGGAAAAUGACAAACAGAGGACAGAUGUUCAUUACUAUUCAAUGACUGGUGAAGGGAAGUUUAACUGGAGAUUUCUGUUCCGCUUUGAUUAUCUGACUGCUGAGAAGAAGAUGGUUGUGAGACGUAAGCAAUCUAUUUUCUCUGUGGAUGAAACAGAAUACAAAAUGCCUCCUAUUUUGCAACUACAGGUGUGGGAUGCAGACAUUGUUUCAGCUGAUGACUUUCUUGCUACCACUCCAAUAGAUUUCAGGCAUUGA